AAUCCUCACCACUACCAAUUUACAAACAACUACCUCUAUAAAUAUCAAUCCAAAUACUGGCAAUCUUCCUUCAAUAAGUAAAGGAACAACAGCACUUUUUCUUUAGAUAAAAAAAAGAUGACAAGUCGCCAUUUCUUCUCACCACUUCUUCUCACUGCCCUUCACCUUCUCUCUUUCCCCCCACCUGCCUCCUCUUCUUCUGCUGACUGCGUCUACACUCUCUACGUUCAAACCGGUUCUAUCAUAAAGGCCGGAACCGACGCCCGGAUCAGCAUCGCGCUCGGCGAUUCCAGUGGGGGAUCCGUUUGGAUACCGGAUCUAACUGACUGGGGCCUCAUGGGCCGCAAACACGACUACUUCGAGAGGGCAAAUCUCGAUGUCUUUACGGGUCGGGGCCCAUGUAUUGGGAGGCCCAUUUGCAGGCUUAAUGUGACUUCUGACGGGUCGGGGCACCAUCACGGUUGGUUUUGUGAUUAUGUUGAGGUAACCUCUACCGGACCCCAUAUGGGCUGCGGCCAGUCCAUUUUCUAUGUGGAUCAGUGGCUGGCGUCGGAUGCUCCGCCGUACCAGUUGUCGGCUGUCAUCGACGGGUGUCAUCAGAAGGCCCAAUGGGACGGUGGGCCUUUCGCUGUUGGAAAGCCCAAUGGGCAUUAUUCGGAGUAAUUUUCAUGAUCAACGGCCCAUUAUUAUGAUUUUGUGUGUGUGUGUGAGAGAGAGAGAGAGAGAGAGAGAGGCUAUUGUUUGGUUUUUAUUGAGAUUUUGAUGAGUUUGAGCUUUUUUCUUGAGGUAAAUAAGUAGAAUAUCGUUUAAAUAAUCUAAAUGAGGAGUCAUUUUUUUUGCUA